GGCUUCUAAAAUGGAUUGUUGAAGGUCACCUUGAAUUAACUCGCCGGCCGCCUCGCAGCUGGUGUCUCUAUAACAUCUCCAGACGCCCCCACUACGUGACCUACCGCACGGCACUUUCUACCUGGAAGUGUGCACGUAGCCAAAAUGGCGACAAUACUGAAGCUGUUUCAACCGCUCCAGCCCAAGCAGGAAGACACUGGCUGUAAGAUAACUGUCGUUGGAGCUGGCCAAGUCGGUAUGGCUGCGGUCUUCUCGAUGCUUACCCAGGGAGUUUCAAACAACAUAGCUCUAGUAGAUGUGAUGGCGGAAAAGCUUAGAGGAGAAAUGAUGGAUCUUCAACAUGGAUCGGCUUUUAUGAAUAAUGCCAAGAUUAAUGCUAGCACCGAUUAUGCAAUUACUGCUGGUUCAAAGAUUUGUGUGGUGACUGCUGGUGUCCGGCAGCGAGAAGGAGAGACUCGGCUCGAUCUGGUGCAAAGAAAUACUGACAUCUUAAAAGUCAUCAUCCCAAAACUGUUACAAUAUAGCCCUGACACAAUCUUCCUGAUUGCCAGUAACCCGGUAGAUAUUUUGACUUACGUCACGUGGAAAAUCAGCGGGCUCCCAAAGCAUAGAGUUAUUGGUUCAGGAACGAACCUCGAUUCUGCAAGAUUUAGAUAUCUUCUCUCUGAAAGACUCUCUAUUGCAACCACCUCCUGCCACGGUUAUAUUAUUGGAGAGCACGGAGACAGUAGUGUGCCAGUAUGGUCGGGUGUCAACAUCGCUGGUGUUAGACUCAGUGAUAUGAAUCCUGACAUCGGAACUGACAAAGACUCUGAAAGCUGGAAGGAUAUCCACGAUAUGGUGGUGAAAAGUGCGUACGAAGUAAUCAAAUUGAAGGGAUACACAUCAUGGGCCAUUGGAUUGUCGCUUUCGCAGCUGUGUUCUGCAAUACUAACAAACGCAAAUAGCGUGCACGCAGUGACAACAUAUGUGAAGGGUGAACACGGAAUCGAGCAGGACGUGUUUUUGUCUCUGCCAUGCGUUUUGGGCUCUAGUGGCGUAUCGGAUGUGAUACGACAACGGUUGACCGAAAAUGAACAGACCCAAUUUCGCAAAUCGGCUGAAAUGAUGGCAAAAGUUCAGUCGGGAAUAAAGUAUUGAUUUGACACCAAAGUUUUGUCUUAAAUUAUUCAAUGUAUCGUGUUCGAUGUUGUGAUGAUCAUUUGGUUUAUACACGCAAUAUGAUAUGCGAUAUUUUUUAUCCUAUUAAUGUCUCUUGCAUUUUAUAAAAUAUUUUCAAUAAUAUUUCGAGUCUAUGUCUAUUAAAAUGUUUAAUUUAAUUAAUACGUAUAUAUUUAAGAAGAAGAAAUGUGUUUUUUAUUUGAGUUGUUGGGAAUUUGAACUGGAUUAAUUAUUACAUCUAACUGCACUGAUUUUAUGAAGUAUUUUCAGAAAUGUUAGGGAUAUUUCAAUUUAAGUUUAUUUUAAUGUUUAAUUAAACCUCAACACAAUGAGCCAAAGUAGGUUUUGUAGUUUUGAUAUGCUGUAACACCUCUUUUUGUAUUUAAAUAUUACUUUAAUAGGCACAUGAUUUAUUUAAUAAAUGAGUUUCAUUA